AAUGAUUAUAUAUGUGAAAAGAUUUUUGAUAAUUUGAAAGAAAAAUAUUUAUAUUUACGAAAGGAGGAUUAUGAAUUUGAUAUUAAAUCUGCUAUUAGAAAAAAUCUAUUUGUACAAGAUGAAGAGAGAUUUAAAGAAAUCCAAGAAGAAGUUCAUGAUACAAUUUCAAAUUAUUCAUCAGUAAUUGAUUUUAAAAAUAAUUAUAAAAAAUCUGAAGAAUUCAAAUAUUUGGUUAAUAAAGAAUCUUUACGACAAUAUAGAGAAUAUAAAUGUCAAAAGUUAUCAAAUAUUAAAGAAGAAAUUGUAAAGGAAAUAGAGAAAUUAGAAAAUAAACUUAAAUCUUAUUAUGAAAAUUUUGUAGAAUUAGUAAAGAAUUUUAUUAAAGUUAAUAAAAGAUUUAUAAAAGAUAAAUGUGAUAAAAAAGCAGGUGAGAAAGUUAAUAAACUAGAUAAAAAAUUGUUAAAGGAUAAUAUUCUUUUAAAGGAAAAUAUAAAUGAGAUUAUUCAAUAUUGUGAAAAAAUAAAUAAAGAAACUAAAAAAUAUGAUUUUAGUGAAUGGGAAGAAAUUAAAAGAUUGAGGAAUAUGAUUUCAAAAGAAAUUAAUAAAGCUUGGGUUCCAAAAAAUAAAAAUAGUUGGUGGGACAACUAUGGAAAACAUGAGAUUGUUUUAUUAGACGAAUUUCAAACAAAAAUUGAUUUGGAUGAAUUGAUUUAUAUUUUAGAAGAUGAUAAUCCUCAAGUUCAACAAAAAUUUAGAGGGUUUAUACUAUUUCUUGCGAAAUAUGUAUUUUUAACAAGUAUAAAAUCAUUUGAUGAAUUAUAUAAGGAAUAUGAUGAUACAUAUGAAUUAUAUAAAUUAAUUGAUUAUGUCAUCGAAUUUAAAGAUGAAGGAAUUGUUAAAGUUCAUAAAGGUAAUAAAGAAAAGUUUUUUAGUGAAAAAUGGGAUGUUUAUGAAAGAAGUGAAGAUUUUGAUGAAAAGAUUUAUUGGAGAUAUAAAUUUACAAAAGAACAAAAAGAGAUUUUACAAACUUUAAAAUAUGAUGAUUAA